ACAUGGACUGAAAACAAAUCUAAGUUUAAAAAACAAAAGCAAACUAGCAGUAAACAAAGAAGAAAGGUUGUUUUUAAAACAGGGACACUGGGAAUCAUGCUUAGACCCUUACUUGUAGUCUGGAACGCAGCAGCGUUUGUGGAUGAUGGUCUUGGCGUAGGGCAGAGGGAUGGUCUAGAGAUGGUCACCGGGCCUGUCUUUUCUCCUGUCCCAGAUCUGACCUCCGGCAGAUGUCCCUCACCAGAAGUGUGGAGAACGUCCAGUUUCUGCCCUUCCUCACCACGGACAUCAACAACUUAAGCUGGCUCAGCUACGGCUUCCUGAAGGGGGACGGGACGCUGAUCAUCGUGAACGCAGUCGGCGCUGCGCUUCAGUCGCUUUAUAUCGUGGUCUACUUCUGUUUCAGCCCGGAGAAGGGUGCUGUGUUGUUGAAGACCAUAGCCUUACUGACCGUCCUGCUGCUUGGCUACUGCUAUUUCAACCUUCUGGUUCCAGAUGUUCCCACACGCCUGAACCGUUUGGGGCUGUUUUGCAGCCUUUUUACCAUCACCAUGUAUAUCUCACCUUUGGCUGAUCUGGCCAAGAUUGUGAAGAGCCGAUCAACCCGCUGCCUGUCCUUCCCUCUGACUGUCACAACCUUCUUGGCCUCCUCCUGCUGGACGAUGUACGGGCUCCUUCUCCAGGAUCUUUAUAUAGCGGUCCCCAAUGUGCCGGGCAUCGUGACCAGCCUCGUGCGGUUCUGGCUGUUUUGGCAUUUUCCUACGGAGCACCAGAAACCGUACCGGUUAUUGCAGGCCUGAGGAUCGAAGGGUGGCCUCGGACGGCGGUCGGAAGGGGAAGAGCCGUUGCCCUGCAAACCGGGGGACACCCAUCAGCCGUCCAAGCCUGGUGGUGGGGAGUCCGUCCUCUUGGCCCUGAAGAGCCACAAGCCACG